AUGUUGGCAUCGGCCGUUGAUGAGUCAGGCGUCCUCGAAUUUAUUGCGCCUUUUCUCCGUGAACAUCGACACGACCAAUUUGCACGCUCUUAUUUCUUGCACUGCCCUCAGCCUCGCAUCCUUACUCAACGUUCUUCAGGAUCUCCUCGCCCCUCCAGACCAACUCCUCAUUCAGAGUUUAAUGGCACUCCUGAUAUUAUUAGUGAUUGUUCUAAUGGCAAAUCAGAUGAGCAACUCCAACGGAAACGCCUACGUCCAUCAAGCCUCCCUUCUAGUGAUUCCGUUCUCACCGAUAGACACGCUGAGCAAGAAAAGGUGAAUCCUACGAGGACUUGGGCCAAAACCAGAACUGAGCUGGAUUCAGAUUCAGAAGGACUGCUGGCAAGGCAUCAACGACGCCGCUUAGCCAGUCAAGACAGUCAUUACACCAACUUUUCGCCUAAGCCUAAUUCACCAACCAUUUCACCACGCAUUUCUUCGACUCGAUCUGCUUCGCCCACCGGCUCUGUCUAUGACCUUGAAAAAGCUUUCCAUCCACAAGUACUUCCUUCUGAUGCGGGUCCGGAUGAGGACCAGAUUUAUAAAGAGGCAGCCGCGCGACAGCAACAUGCUUUUCCGGCAUUAUUCUCGAAGUCUUCUUCUUUUUCCCAAUCUUCUCGCUCUUCAUUUUCUUCGACUCAUUCAACCUCUUCUACAGCUCUCACUUUCGAUCAGCCUCCCCUCCUUCAAGACACCGCUAUAGACGAGUGGCUACUUCGCCUUACACCUGCCUUGAACAGUUAUCGUGAGGAGGCGAAAUCAUUAGUAGCCUUUCAUUUUGCAGGCGAGGCGAGUCUUAUUGGCUUGGAUGAGAAUCGUACUAUUGAAUUGUUCUCGCGCAUCUCUGCAGUUUCUGCCCUUCGACGCUUAGCCGGUUCUAUCACUUCCUGGCCUUAUGCUCGAUUGGCCUGUCGUGCACUCGGCUAUCUUGGCCUCCCAGUACCUCGCAUCCUCUCUGCCAAAGUAUCCAACUGGACACCAUCUGAAGUAGCUUGUUGGUUGGCCCGCAUUGGCUUUACCAAAUUGGCCUCUACCGUUAUCGAACUUGGGCUUGACGGUGACCUUCUUCUAAGACUAUCUGAAGAUGGUCUCGAACAAGAACUUGGCUUAAAGUUGCCUAUUACUCGGAAACGGUAUGAUGAAGUUGUGAUUACCCUACAUAUAGUUUGGCGUAGCCACAGGAAAAAUGCAUCUAGAAAACUAGCCAAGUAG